CUAACCGAAAAAUUAAUCGUUAUGUCGCAGUUUCUGACCCUGAAAAACGACUAAUCCACAGAAAUAGUUGCGGGGGAGGCGCGUACGCGUAGGCGGUCCCGCACUGUCGAGCACAUGGCCCCUCCCCCUUGCACUGGCAGCGAGAAAAAGUCGGAGAAAGUGGAUAACGUUUACGUUAUUCAUUCAAGUCAUCCGUGACACUGCAUGCUGUUAGCCAGUGAUGUUUAAGAUUAUAAAGAGGCAGGUGGUAAGAUGCGAGGGUGCCCAUGUUUUGUGUCUCAACCAAGUACCGCGGUCGUCACGACACGAUCUCGAUAUCCGCGUCCUUCACGCUCCCCGAGGGCUAUCCCAGGAUGGUCCCCAAAAUUUCACUGUCAUCGGAAAGCCUUUCGCGUGGUGCCAUCUCCAGACUGAAGGAGGGAAUCUCCUCCCAUGCCAGAACUUUACCCGAAGCACCCAUGGUGCUACAGUUGAUGACGUGGUUAGAAGAAAACAUAACAGAGAUUCUUGAUCAAGAUCUUGCAGAGGUGUGUGAUACACCUAAGGAGAGUCUCUCUAAGGAGGAGGAUGGAGAGGACUUGUGGCUGGCGUUACUCCACCUGGACCACAUGAGAGCACGUGGGAAGUAUGUCAAGACGAUCGUGAAGUGGACUAAGGAGUUGUCGUUGACUGGGAGACUGCUCUUUCAGGAGAGACUCAUCCUCAUACUGCUGCUGGGAUCAAUGAAAAAUAUCAAGGAUUACAUCACACGUCAGCGAACCCGCAGUGUAGACGUAGACUCUGCUGGGAGGAGCUGUAAGGAGAGGAUGAUGACAGUUCUGUGGGAGGAGAGGCUUCAGGAAGGAACAGUCAGCCUUGCUCAGUUUGAAGUGGCAGAGUGCAGGACUGUAGAACAACUAAAGGACCAGUUUACGGGUGCUGUGCUAGAGAGAGUCUACAGCGAGCAUGUCUGUACCCUGCUGCAGAAACAGUCAAUAAGAACCUGAUCCGUCUCGGAGCCACCAAUACACAUAUCAGAAUUAUCAACCUAGGAUUGAACCGAUUGGGGGAAAAUUCUAAUACAGCAAAGGAGAGUGAAAAUGACAAAUGCUACUGCAAAGUUGAUUGUAAUCUUUUCUUUGCAGCAAAUUAUAGCAAUCAUUCAGUGUUACAGUAGCAUUUUUCGUGUUACAGUAGUUUUUUUAUGUUGCAUUUAUAAAAGUGACUGCUAGGGGGCUCUCCUGACUUUUCAGCCGUAGUCAACAAGUGAACAAUUGGUACUUCACCAAGCAAGUUUACAGCAAGUGGAGUGAGGAGAUUUUGGCUGUUAUCCAUUGCUGGUAUGUUUUUCAUCUAACAACAAGUGCUGACAAAUGGAGAGUUUUGACCUCUCAGUCUCAACUUUUGAACCCAGACCAGAGUCUCUGGACUUGCUGUAGUCAGCACCAAAUAAACCUUGGUAAUUAAAGCUGCCUCCUGAUUCUAAGCAGAGCUCUGCAGGGGAAGGAAAAUAAACAGGGCUGACAAUCAAGCUAGGGCUGUUCCAACUUUUGUCAGGGAGGCGAAAUAAGGAAAUCUUUCUUUGGAGUUACAAAGGUUUAGAAAAAAUAUGACGUAAUCUUGUCUCCUCAAAAAGAGAUGAAAAGGUAAACCAGUAGGCCACACCAAUUUAAUUUGUUGGUUCUUGGAUUUUAGAAAAAAGAAGUAUGCUUAAUUUGGAAAACGUAAUGGAAACAAAGCUAGGGGACUAGGUUCAUGCCUUGGUGCACUCAGUUUUAUGGAGUGAAUACUCUCAUGUUCAAGUUUUCCUCCUGCCCUGUGCUUCUAUGAUGUCCAAUUGCUAUAUUUUUAUUUCAGAAAAUCGGAGAACCAAGGAAAUCAAUGUACAGGCAAUGUACAGGCAUGGCCCUAAAAAUGAUAAUUUGAGAAAUUCUGCAAAAACAUGCGUAUAAUGCUGAGCUGAACAUUACAUCUGAUUUUAGAUCACAAAGUUGA